AACAAGUUCAGUUACACAGAGUUUUUGAAUGCAUAAGUAUAUUGUGUCGCUACGUUGUACAGAAUGAUCGGUUUUGUUAUACUAGUAUUUCUUGAAAUACAAUGUGUUCUGCUUAAGCAUGGAAGUACAGCAACAACAUUCAAAGCUACAACGUCUGCACUGACAACAGCGUCCUACAUAUCAGCAGCAGAAGCGGUAACACAAGACACAACGUCUUCACCACCAACUACGUUCAACACAACAACCACAAAAGCGGAAAAUCCGGGGAUAACCACUCCUGCAACUACAACAACAACCAACAUAACAACAACAGAAUCGGAAACAUAUGGGACAAACACGUUUUCUCCGACAACAGCAACCAAUACAUUAACUACACAAAUAAAAGCAUCAUCUGCAUCAAACACUUCGGCUGUUUCGACAAAACCGUCUGAUCGAUUAACAACUUCCACGACAACAUCAAUAUUUGCAACAGCAACUACACCUGCACCGACAUUUUCACCGAAACCAACAACUACACCUGUACCGACACCUUCACCUGAACCAACAACUACACCUGUACCGCCAUAUUCACCUGAACCAACAACUCCAGCUGCAUCAACAUCUCCACCUGAACAAACAACUACACCUGAACCAACAAGUACACCUGCACCGACAUCUUCACCUCAACCAAUAACUGAUACCGUACCGACAUCUCUACCUGAACCAACAACUGAUCCUGUACCGGCAUCUUCACCUGAAUCAACAACUGAUCCUGUACCGACAUCUUCACCUGAUCCAACAACUGAUCCUGCACCGACAUCUUCACCUGAACCAACAACUGAUCCUGUACCGGCACCUUCACCUGAACCAACAACUGAUCCUGUAUCGACAUCACCAUCUGAACCAACAACUGAUCCUCUACCGACAUCUUCACCUGAACAAACAACUGAUCAUCUACCGACAUAUUCACCUGAACCAACAACUGAUCCUGUACCGACGUCUUCACCUGAACCAACAACAGGUCCUAUACCGUCCUCUUCACCUGAACCAACAACUGAUCUCCUACCGACAUCUUCUACAACUGAGCAUAUACCGGCAUCUUCACCUGAAUUAACAACUGAACCUGCAACGACAUCUUCACCUGAACCAACAACUGAUCAUGUACCGACAUCUUCACCUGAACCAACAACUGAUCCAGCACCUACAUCUUCACCUGAACCAACAACUAAUCCUGUAUCGAUAUCUUCACUUGAACAUAAAACAAAUCCCGCACCGACAUCUUCACCUGAACAAACAACUACACAUGUAACGCCAUAUUCACCUGAACCAGCAUCUACAGUUGUACCGACAUCUUCACCUGAACCAACAACUAUACCUUCACCGCCAUAUUCACUUAAACCAACAACUACAUCUUCACCGCCAUAUUCACCUGAACCAACAACUACACCUGCACCGCCAUAUUCACCUGAACCAACAACUACGUCUGCACCGCAAUUUACAACUGAACCAACAACUACACCUGCAUCUGUAUCUUCUCCUGAACUAAUAACUACACCUGCACCGCCAUAUUCACCUGAACCAACAACUACACUUGCAACGUCAUAUUCACCUGAACCAACAACUACACUUGCACCGCAAUAUUCACCUGAACCAACAACUACACCUAAACCGCCAUAUUCACCUGAACAAACAACUACACCUGCACCACGAUAUUCACCUGAACCAACAACUACACCUGAACCGCCAUAUUCACCUGAACCAAAAACCACAACUGCACAGCCAUAUUCACUUGAACCAACAGCUACACCUGAACCGCCAUAUUCACCUGAACCAAAAACUACACCUGCACCGCCAUAUUCACUUGAACCAACAGCUACACCUGCUUCGCCUUAUUCAACUGAAUCAACAACUUCACCUGAACCUCCAUAUUCACCUGAAACAAUAACUACAGUUCUACCGACAUCUUCACCUGAACCAACAACUUCAUCUGUACCGACAUCUUCAUCUGAACCAACAACUUCAUCUAUACCGACAUCUCCAACUGAACCAACAACUACACCUGCAUUUGUAUCUUCUCCUGAACCAACAACUACACAUGUGCCGACUUCUUCACCUCAACCAACAAUUACUUCAACGUUAGACGCAACAACAUUUUCCACUACAGGUACUUAUCCUCAAACAUCAGCUUAA